UGUAUUCAUUGGUCCGUCUCGCCUGUCUGUUCUCGCCCAUAGAUUGCUCUCGCCGUUCUCGCUGUCAGAAACGGAGGUAUACGCCGUUUAAAGACUUUCUGACGAUGGCUUUAGGAAACGGUAGUGCAACCGCUAAUGGUGGAGUAACUCAAGAAAAAGCUCCUGUAGUUAAUGGCACUAACAUGGAAACGCUUCCCAGAACCAGCAAGCAGACGGACCCUAACACUGCUUUUUUAAGAGCUGCAAGAGCUGGUCAGCUUGACAAAAUUCAAGAAUACCUUGACUCAGGAACAAUUAGAGAUAUAAAUACUUCAAAUGCGAAUGGCCUUAACGCACUUCACCUGGCAGCUAAGGAUGGUCACAUUGAAGUUGUACGAGAGCUUCUAAAACGAGAUGCUAUUAUCGACGCUGCAACGAAAAAAGGAAACACAGCUUUACACAUAGCUUCUCUUGCUGGCCAGGAGGAAGUUGUCCGAUUAUUAAUCCAGCAUGGUGCUUCAAUUAACGUUCAAUCACAAAAUGGCUUCACCCCAUUGUAUAUGGCAGCUCAGGAAAAUCACGAAAACGUUGUCAAAUAUUUACUUUCGAAAGGUGCAAACCAAGCUCUGGCUACCGAGGACGGAUUUACACCUUUAGCAGUUGCAAUGCAGCAGGGUCAUGACAAAGUUGUUGCUGUAUUGUUAGAAAACGAUACAAGAGGUAAGGUUAAGUUGCCAGCUCUUCAUAUCGCAGCCAAAAAGGAUGACGUGAAAGCAGCCUCUUUAUUAUUACAGAAUGACCAUAACCCUGAUAUAACAUCGAAAAGCGGAUUUACACCUUUGCACAUAGCUGCUCACUACGGAAAUGACAAAGUGGCUUCCCUUUUGUAUGACAAAGGCGCUGAUGUAAAUUUUUCAGCUAAACAUAAUAUUACUCCCCUUCAUGUGGCAAGUAAAUGGGGUAAGAUCAACAUGGUUUCUCUUCUUGUUGCAAAAGGCGCUAAUAUUCAAGCAAAAACACGGGAUGGUCUAACACCAUUGCAUUGUGCCGCUAGAUCAGGCCACGACCAAGUUGUGGAUAUGUUGCUGGAAAAUGGAGCACCAAUGCAUGCAAAAACUAAGAAUGGACUUGCUCCACUACAUAUGGCAGCCCAGGGAGAACAUGUUGAUGCUGCUAGAAUUCUUCUGUAUCAUGGAGCACCAGUUGAUGAAGUAACGGUAGAUUAUCUCACUGCGCUUCAUGUUGCUGCUCAUUGCGGACAUGUACGAGUUGCUAAAUUACUUUUAGACAGAGGAGCUGAUCCAAAUGCAAGGGCCUUGAACGGUUUUACUCCACUUCACAUCGCCUGUAAAAAAAACAGGAUUAAAAUGGUGGAACUUUUACUAAAACAUGGUGCAAAUAUUGGUGCUACAACCGAAAGUGGCCUCACUCCCUUACAUGUUGCUAGUUUUAUGGGUUGCAUGAACAUUGUAAUAUAUCUACUCCAACAUGACGCAAAUCCAGAUGUUCCCACAGUUCGAGGAGAAACCGCUCUACAUUUAGCUGCGAGGGCAAACCAGACAGAUAUAAUACGAAUACUACUAAGGAAUGGAGCAGCCGUUGAUGCAAAAGCUCGAGAAGAACAAACACCUUUGCACGUUGCAUCUCGAUUAGGAAAUGUUGACAUUGUUAUGCUUUUGCUACAACAUGGAGCAAAUCCUCAUGCAACAACAAAAGAUUUAUAUACUCCGCUACACAUUGCCGCUAAAGAGGGGCAAGAAGAGGUGGCAUCGAUAUUGUUGGACAAUGGAGCUGACUUAACUGCAACUACCAAGAAAGGUUUCACUCCUCUACAUUUAGCUGCAAAGUAUGGACAUUUAAAUAUUGCCCGAUUGCUUCUACAAAGAGAUGCUCCAGCAGAUGCCCAAGGCAAAAACGGAGUUACUCCACUUCAUGUUGCUGCCCACUACGAUCAUCAACCUGUAGCCUUACUGCUGCUUGAUAAAGGUGCCUCUCCUCAUGCUAUAGCUAAAAACGGACAUACUCCACUGCAUAUUGCUGCUAAAAAGAAUCAAAUGGAUAUCGCAACGACUCUGUUGGAAUACGGAGCAAAAGCUGAUGCUGAAUCAAAAGCCGGUUUUACGCCCCUUCAUUUAAGUGCUCAAGAAGGACAUGUCGAUAUGUCUUCCUUAUUAAUUGAACACCAAUCAAAUCCAAAUCAUGCUUCUAAGAAUGGGUUAACACCUCUACACUUAUGUGCUCAAGAAGACCACGUCCCUGUGGCCCAACUCUUGCUUAGAGCCGGUGCCAAUUCAGGUGCAGUCACAAAGUCUGGAUACACACCACUGCACGUGGCUUGUCAUCAUGGUCACGUCAACAUAAUUCGUCUUCUCCUUGAACAAGGAGCAGAUGUCAACCCCGUUACCCUAACUGGUUAUACACCUCUCCAUCAGGCUGCUCAGCAGGGACAUGUUCUCGUCAUACGUCUCCUGCUUAAAAAUAAGGCCAAUCCAAAUGCUUUAACUAAUAGUGGCCAGUCUGCCUUAGGUAUUGCAAGUAAAUUGGGAUAUAUCAGUGUUAUAGAGGAGUUAAAGGUUGUCACAGAAGUUGAUAUUACAACUACGACUACUACAAACAUAGAAGAAAAAUAUCGCGUAAUGGCACCAGAAGCAAUGCAAGAAGUUUUCAUGUCUGAUUCGGAAGAUGAAGGUGACGAUCCAGGUGAUCACCACAAUCAGUACAAAUAUAUGACUGCGGAUGAUAUGAAAUCAUUUGGUGGAGACGAUUCCAUGAAAUUAGAUGUUACUAGCGAUGAAAAAAGUGAUCACCGUAGUUCAAUGGCACCGUCAUAUGUAAGUGGGGAAGGUUAUAUUAAUGCCUCUCAUGCUCAUCAGAAUUACUCCAUUAAUUCGCACAUGGUUCCUGACAAUGUGGAUAUCAACAGACAUCCUAUUACUGUUGGUUUUCUGGUGUCAUUCCUUGUUGAUGCAAGAGGUGGGGCCAUGAGAGGCUGUCGACAUUCCGGAGUUAGAGUUAUUGUUCCUCCCAAAUGCGCAGCUAGUCCAAUACGGAUUACUUGUCGAUAUGUUCGACCUCAAAGAGUUGCCAAUCCUCCCCCCUUAAUGGAGGGAGAAGCCCUUGCCAGCAGAAUUCUAGAGCUUGGUCCGGUUGGUGCUAAAUUUUUGGGGCCAGUCAUACUUGAGAUACCACACUUUGCAUCUCUUCGAGGAAAGCAACGUGAAAUUAUCGUUCUAAGGUCAGAUACAGGCGAAACAUGGAAAGAACAUACUCUUGAAGCCAGUGAAGAAGCUAUUCAGGAUGUUUUAAAUCACAGUUUUGAUGGAGAAGAACUGAAUCAAAUUGAAGAUCUUCACACAAGUCGAAUAACACGCAUUUUAACAAAUGAUUUUCCACAUUACUUUGCUAUAGUCUCCAGGGUGAGGCAAGAAGUUCAUGCUAUUGGUCCCGAAGGUGGCACUGUUUCUAGUACUGCUGUUCCAUUAGUGCAAGCCGUCUUCCCUCCAAAUGCGUUAACGAAAAAAAUUAAAGUUGGGCUUCAGGCACAAGCAGUUGAACCAGAAGUAGUUGCAAAACUUCUAGGCCAUGGAGUUGCAGUAUCUCCAAUAGUUACUGUUGAACCAAGGCGAAGAAAAUUCCAUAAAGCUAUCACUUUAAGUAUGCCAGCUCCCAGAGCGCAUUCUCAAGGAAUGAUCAAUCAGUACUCAGGCUUAGCUCCAACAUUACGACUCCUGUGUUCCAUAACAGGAGGCCAGACUAAAGCAGUUUGGGAAGAUGUAACAGGAUCAACACCACUCACCUUUAUCAAGGAUUGUGUAUCGUUUACUACAACCGUUUCUGCUCGAUUCUGGCUGAUGGACUGUAGAAAUGUUUCAGAAUCUGCUCGAAUGGCAACAGAGCUUUAUAUUUUUUCAGCACAUGUACCGUUUAUGGCCAAAUUUGUCAUAUUUGCAAAACGGAUUAGUGUCUCUGAAGCCAGAAUUAGAGUUUUUUGUAUGACCGAUGAUAAGGAAGAAAAGACCUUGGAGCAUCAGGAACAUUUCACUGAAAUAGCGAAAAGUAGAGAUGUUGAAGUACUUGAAAAUAGAAACAUUUACAUGGAAUUUUCUGGAAAUCUAAUACCGAUAUUGCAAUCUGGUGAUCAACCCAUACUUGAUUUUGUGGCCUUCCGAGAAAACAGAUUAGCUUUUUCUGUUAGAAUUAAAGAUAUAGAUGAAGAACCAUCUGGGCUUAUUCUAUUUAUGACAGAUCCUAAAGUAGCACGUGGAGAUCCACCACAAACGCCAAUUUGCACUCUAAAUCUUAUUCUUCCUUCUCAAAUUUUGCCUGACCGAGAUUCUCAUUCAGAUUUACUGUCAUUAGAUAAUGAUCACAGCUAUUUACAACAUGGUGGAAUAAGUAAAGCUGAUGCAAUACAUAGAGCAGAUUUCCGACUUUCAGAUAUUUGUAACUUACUUAACGGUGACAUGGAAAAACUUGCAGCAGAACUUGGAAUACCCCCAUCAGAUAUCAAAAUAAUUAAGGAAGAAUAUACCAACAAUACUGCACAGCAAUCGAUGGUUAUGUUCCGACUAUGGUUAAGACAAAAAGGGAAUAGGGCUACUGGUAAUCAACUUGAACAAGCCCUGAACAAAAUUGGUCGGCAAGAUAUUGUAUCCAAAUGCAUAUGCAAUGUUGAAUUAGUAACCGAUGAUAUGGAACGAGCCUUGGCAAAGGUCAGAUUAGAUCAGUCCGGAUUUGAUUCUCUAAAAGACGAAUUGGGGUUAUCAUCCAGAGAAACGUCCUUACAACGAGGUGAUCACGUAACCAACUUUUAUAAAGACGAAGAACUUGAUAAAAAUCAAAAAAAUAAAGAAAAUCACAACGGCAAGUUCAUUAACGACGAUUUGGUCAAUACUAUCGAAAACUACCUUGUAUAUACUGAAGAAAAUGGCAAACUUGCUAGAGAAAACGAAUCGGAAAUUUAUAAAUCUCCGGAUGUUUCAAAUGAAAAGAAUAUUAAAACUAUCACCAACGAUCAAGAUAUAAAACAUAAAAAUUACGAUAUAAAAACUCCUCCUCCAAGUCCAGCUGAGUACAAGGUCAAUACCGCGAAUGUCGUUGAUGAAGACAAUGUCAAUCGAGAUGCUUUUGGACCGUCAAGCCGUAAGGAAACAGAGAAAUUCAUUCAAUUUGAAAAAUCUACAUCGUAUGUUUUUCCAAAUGAAGAUAAUGAGAGAAAUAAAAAUGUAGAAAUGUUACCAAAAGUUAUAGCAGAACAGAAACUUUCAGAAACAAAAACUAACAAUUUAGAAAAAACUGAUACUGUUGAACAACAAUACCCAGAUGAUAAAGAUUUAUCACCUGAGAAAAUUAAUUUAAAAGCAUGUGAAACUCCUAACUUGCAUAAAGUUGCACUGCAGAAGGCUUCCAUGGAUACUUCCUUUAAUGAACUGUCAAAAAAUGAGAUAGAGAAGAUUUCAAAACCAAUAAAAUCGGAAAUUGGUAGUGAUAGGUCAAAAGAUAUUUUGCAGUACGAUUUAGGACCCAUUGCACGAGUCAAAACUGAAGAGUUUUUAGAAGCUGAAAAAACCAAUACGUCAUCCUAUCACCAAUAUCCAAAAUUAAAUAAACUUGACCGUGAAUCGAUUGUGAAAGAAGAAUAUCAUUCACAGCUAGAAAAUUCUACAACUGACCAAGAAAAUUCAAAAUUAAAAACCGCAACUGAAUUGUUUUUGGACUCUGAAAAAACUUUAUCGAUGAACUCGUUUACGAAAUAUGAAAAUACAGAUCAAGAUUCAAAGAAAACAAUUAAUCAACUAUUAGAGGAUGGGAAAGCCAAAAAAAUGUUAGAUAGUGAAAAAGAGUCUCAUAAAGAAAAGAAAUCGAAAAAAGAUAAAAAACAGAAAUCUGAUGAAGAGCGAAUCGCAGAAUUGAAAGUAAAUGUAAGUAAUACCCUUACAUUUUUACAUCAAGAACGCAAUGAUUUUUUACCUGAUGAAGAUAUAAUUAUUCCCCAACGGAAAGAUGACCAUGUUGCAAAAGAAAUAAAUUUAGAUUACAUUAAAACAAAAAAGCAUCAUCACUACGAAAAUAUAACGUCUCCAGAACGAACUACACAUACUUAUGAAAAUAUGCCUGCAUUCCAACAUGUUUAUGAGGACGUUGAUUUUCAAACUCGAGAUACAACAACAGGUGAACCCUUAUAUGAAAAUAUAUGUGCCGUGGCAAAGGAUGAAGUUUCAGAUGUUAUUCAUCAGGCAGAAAAAGUGGUCAAUGAAGAAUGUAAUAUAUUUGAACCUCUACCUGAGGAAACUCCCAUUAUUGAGGAAUUAAUAGAAAACGAACAUCCAACUAGAAAAGAUGUCAACAAUACUUUCUGUAGUUUAGAACACUUUCGUGAUGAUCUUUUAAAAACAUCGCAACAAAAAAGCGAAGAAGCUUUUCAAUUUCUUGAAAACGAGUUAUCAAGUCCCUUAACCCCCACGGUAGAAUCGUUAGGAAAGUCAGUGACAUUCGCAGAAAACGUAGAAUACAAUUCCCCUAACCAACGUGAAUUAACAAGUGCUUUUAUUGAGUCCCAGUGUUCUAGUCCAUUUUCUAAAAAAGAAGAACCUGAUGCUCAUAAAAUUAAAAGUUCAAUACCAGUUCCUAAACCAAGGCAAAAGCCAGCACAGGAAAAAGAUAUUGAUUUAUUAUUUUCGGAAAACGAUCAAGCAUUAACAUCCAUGGAAAAUGAACUAUUAAGCAAAAUUCCUGUAGCUAAAGGUAAAGUUAAAACUAUAAAAAAACAUUCUAAAGAUCCUUUGAAAGAAUUCGUCAAGCUUAGUCAAGAUAUAAAUUGGGACGAAGAAAUUGACGGUAAAAUUACCAAGACGAUAAUUUCUGAUGAUAAUGGUACUAUUACUAAAACUACUAUAACAGUUGAUCCAAGUAUAAAAACGAAAAUCACAUCACCAGAAGUUACGUUAACGUCGAAAGGAGUUAUUUCUGACGAAUUAACCGAGCAUUCUGAGACAGCAAAAAGCAAAAUUCCAAAACUAAAAUCAGAAACAAAACCUACAAAAGCAACGGAGGAACCUAUAACUGUAUUAGAAUCAUCUAGUUUACCUGAAAACAUUGUAUCGCCUGGAUCUGAUUCAAAACAUUCUAACAAAAGUAGUACUUUAGAUUCUGACUCUGAUACAGACAGUAGAAAAAGUCCCCCGUUGAAAGGAAUAUUAAAAAAAAAUAAUAUACGUACCGUUGGCAGUUCAAGCGGUUCAGAUGUCGCACUUCAUGAAGACGGAGCAGAACUAAGCGAAGAUGAAUCAGAAGACCUAUGCCAAAAUGACCAACCACAAUAUACUGAAAGUAUCACAGAAGAGAUUGACCCUCACACCGGAGCAAAGGUUACAAGAACUGUAAGAACGUUAACGCAAACAGUAAGAACUGGCAACGAUCAAAUCCAAGAUCAACUACGAAAGUCAAUGCAAGAAGUGCUAGACCAAUUUAUGACUGCAGAAAAACAACCUCAGUAAAUAUAUUUUUAUCUCUUUUCUUGUACAUGACAAUGUUUAAAUCUAAAAUAACGAAUUGAGAUAAUGACAACUAAAUUUAUCUAGAAAACUGAAACACCUUUUUGUUCUUGUAUGAAAGAGUACUGAUUUUCAAUUCAAAAUUUAUUUGACUAUUUACAAUACCGUUUAUGUACGGUAGAAAAGAAAAGGCUUUACUUACUGUAUUUCAACUGAUCUAAAAUUUAAUAGUAGUAGUAUUUUGUAGUAAUAGCUUAUAUUCACAAAUAAAAAAUUAUUUCAUUUAAAAUUUUUGAAUCGUAAUUUAAUUUAUAUAUAAAUUGCUGGUUUGUGUGUUUGUUAUGCAUAUGUAAUUUAUUGAUAAAAUUUUUUCCAUUUUACAUGUUUUAUAGAAUUUAAGUAAUAAUUGAUUAAGUUCAUUUUUUUCUUAUUAUAUAUACAAUUGUAAAAAAUACUGCAAGAAGCUGUUCAGUAGUAAUAUGGUAACACUAAUAUUUUUUUUGCAAUUACAAAACCUUACUAACAUUGCAAAUGUACAUUUCCAUAUAUUGCCAAAUUAACAAAUUGUUAAGAAAGGUAACUGUUGCAUAAGAAGCGGUUGUUAUAAAUACAUAUUUUCAUAGCAGUUA